AUGUUACGAAAGCUUAGCCUCAAGUACAACAUAUUUACGAGUAUAGCACUUACCAACUUAGAAAGCAAUUCAGUGGGGUCACUGGCAGCCACGUCUUAUGCCUUGAAAGACAAUAUUGUUACUCGUGAUGCGCCUACAACAUGCUCCUCGAAAAUUCUUGCCAAUUAUGUUUCUCCGUUUGAGUCCACGGUAAGCAGACUACUGGCCGAAGAGGGUUCGCAACUAGUUGGGAAGACAAACAUGGAUGAAUUUGGCAUGGGGAAUUCUUCUCUGAACUCACACUUUGGGCCCACGCUAAAUCCUUUGUACGAGCAAAAGUCAGACAUAGUAGAUCUCAAAGAAAAAGAGUUCUGGAUAAGAGGUGAAAAAAUAACCCAGGAUAUCACCUUCCAAAAACAAGACGCAGGCAGUUAUCUGCAUCGAAAGUACCUAGUUCCCGAAGUCAAACUCGAUUACAAAAUUGACCCUGAAAUGAGGAUUGUUGGUGGAUCUUCAGGAGGAUCUGCUGCGGCAGUUGCAGCUGAUUUAGUAGACUACGCUAUAGGAACAGAUACCGGAGGAUCAGUCAGAUUACCAUCGUGCUAUACAUCCAUAUUUGGUUUCAAGCCAUCCUACGGAAGAAUCUCAAGAUGGGGGUUGAUACCGUACGCUCAAUCGCUGGAUACAGUUGGCAUCAUGUCUAAAAAUAUAAAGCUAGUCAGGAAAGUAUUUUCUAUACUCGACAAACAUGACACCUCGGAUCCAACGUCAAUCUCAGAAGAGAAAAGAAUAUAUGACGACAAGGUGGACUCGAUAAUAAAAAUUGGUAUUCCUGCAGAGAUGAGCUUCGACGGCCUGGAGAAUGAUGUGAAAGAAAAAUGGAGCAAAUUGCUCAAACGGCUGCAGAAACUUCCCAACUUUGAACUGUUUCUGAUCUCCUUGCCCUCGCUAUCGAAGAGUCUCCCUGCAUAUUAUACACUGGUGACUUCUGAGGCAUCUUCCAAUUUAGCCAGAUACGAUGGAAUCAGGUACGGAUAUCGUACUGGCGAGUAUACAAGCCUCGAGCCAGAGUUUGCCAAAACACGAUCCGAGGGAUUCGGUGCCGAAGUUAAACGUCGGAUAAUUCUGGGUUCAUAUUCUUUGUCCUCUUAUGGUUACAAUAGUCAUUUCAUGAAUGCUACCAAUGUAAGGUCGAAGCUGAUUCAAGAAUUCAAUAGCAUUUUCAAAGGGCCACACAUGCUAAACAAACACCGCAAUCCAAAUGGCAUCGACUUCAUCUUGUGCCCAACCGCUACCUCCUUGCCACCUCUUGUGUCGCAAUACCAAAAAAUCACUCCCGUGGAGUCAUAUAUGAACGAUAUCCUGACGGUCCCAUUUUCUCUUGCCGGACUUCCUGUAAUUAACAUCCCACUUGGGAGAUCGAUAGGAUUUCAACUUGCUGGACAAUUAGGCCACGAUUAUAAAGUUUUGAAGCUGGCGCAAAUGAUGGAUGAACUGGACAUAAGAUGA